GACUUGCACAUAGAUUCACCGACCCGAUCGUUUAUAUAGCAGCGGACCGCACUCGAUUUUCAUCAGUCGCUACGCGUCUCUCGUCGUCAACGGACCUCGAACAGCAAAAAGGGAAAUUCCUCGAAAAUAGCCAAGUGCGAGUGCAAGUGCAUAAUAUAGAAAAGCACCAUCUAGUAUCUCUGCCCAGUGUCGAAGAAAAUCCUCUUCGAUGUCGAUUAACUCGCCAAUAUCGUUAAAAAACUCGGACCUGCAUUGAACAGGCAAAGGCGACCGCUAAAUACCAACAAAUAAGGUAUAAGCCAAAACAUCUGAAACAAAAAACCCAAACAAAAACCAAAACAAAGACAAAGUCACGGCAAAAACCGCAAACAACAAGUUGUUUGCUUUUAGUUCGCAUUCCCCCUUAUUUUAUUUUCCUUCCGUUCGGUUUUCCACGCACGCGCGUCCAGAAAAACAUUGAAACAACAUCGGCAGUUGAAAAGCAACUGUUGCAGCCUAACAACCGAAUCGAAUCCAAAUUAAGCCAGACCUUCAAGUGGUAAGAAGAAAACGCCAGAAUACCAAGUUGUGUGUGAAAAAAGCGAACCAAAACCGAGAUCUUAAUCAGGAAAACAACAAUUUCGUUUAUUGGGCUUAGGCCAUUGUAUGGAUCAGUCUAAACCAACGACGAAACUUGGAGACGAGCCGGACCUCCUGUUCAAGCGAGCGCAGGGCCGGAUUAGUCUGAUCAGUGCGGGAGUAGGAGCCACCCAGGCUGGCCAAGCUGCCCCACCACCGCUGCAUUCAAGCCAACAGUUCGCCAACAUUCAACUAGACGCCACGCUCAAUGACUGCGAAAGUGGCUAUGUGCCCACCGUGGGCCGCUGGGGCUCCGAGUGGCCGACGGCUCCACCUCCAGCACUGGAGGGGGCCGCUGUCGCCGCCGCCGCUGCCCACGAUCCGUUGCUCCCGGCGGAUCAGCAGCUGGCGGAUGCGGUGCGCGGAAUGGGACUGGGAUUGACUACGACACAAUCCGCAGAAGCAACUGAGCACGCAUCUGGACAUGGUACUGGCGCCAUCCGUCGCACAGCCUCCACCUCCAGCGAGGAGGAGGAGGAGGAGGACUCGGAAGACCUGGAGGAGGACGAACUGGAGCUGGUGCCUCCGACCGACCUGACAUCGGUGGAUCAAUCGGAGCGCUACUCCGACAUCAGGCAGCUGCUGGCCAAACAGCAGUCAGGCAUCGCCAGUGCCCAUACCCACACCCACACCCAUGAGGAGUUUGUCGUGGGCGAUGGCUACGAUCUGGAGGCCUUCAACCAGGUGAACGGAGUGUGGCCCCUGGGCCAUCCGCUGCCACUGCCCGACUGGGCCAGCUCCGAGGCGGGCAAGGGCACCCUUUGCUUCGACAACGUCUGGCAGUACGAGGAGCUGAACGGGAUCGUGGAGACCACGCUGCAGCGGAUGCUGGAGGAGACGCACUACAACACGGUCAACUUGUUCGUCGACUUCUAUCGCAGUUUCAAGCGCACCCGACGCUCUGACCUGCGCAGCUUUUUCCAGUUCUACGAUGUGCCCAUCAACAGGCGGCACCACAUGUGCGUGUCGCUGGCCUUCGAGAUCAUGGCCAGGAUGGUGCGACUGUUUCCGGUGCUGGCCAAGUACCUGUAUGUGGUGUCCUGCGAGGAGCAGGUGAUGGACUGCCCGGACUAUGUGCAGCUGGACGAGGAGUGCGGUCUCAAUUCGGUGGACGCGGGCGUGGAGAAGGAGCACGUGAUGGUGGCCAUGCGCAUUGCCAUUGGCGAGCGACGUGGUGUGAUGAUCCUGGAUCCGGGCUACCAUGUCAGUCGAGCCGUGACUGUGAUGCAGGACCAGAGCUAUCCACACACGGGCUGGUUCACCCAAUCCAAGGAGCCGCACCUGCAGCGGGACUACUGCUAUGCGUACAGCCAGCAGAGCGGCAAGUUCGUGGAGUGGAAGGAGCGCGAGAUCCGCGGCGAGGACACCAGCUACAAGACCUCGCUGAUCUACGUGGCCCAGGAGUACAUCACGGCCAUCGAUGUGACCGUGCGCCGCAAUCUGGUGUACAACUUCCGGUCGCUGUUGUCGCGCGAUGCCAAGGGUCAGGUGUAUGCGGGCAUCUACUUCCCGCUGGUGGCCAAUUGCCAGGAGGCCUAUCUGACCAUCUUCUACGACGGGCCCAAUGAGCAGCGCGUGCGGACGAAGUUGAUGUUUAGCGCCUUCAAAGUGGGCAAGGCAAAGCUGCCGGACUACGUGGGUCAACAUCUCAGCCGACUGGCGCCGCAGCUAAAGAUGCCGCUGCAGGAACUUACGGAAUUGUGCAAAUCCCUGGCCGAGGUGGUCACCGACCAGAACUUCAUCGGCCAAGUCCUGGGCAUCAAUGACGACAUCGGCAACAUGUCCGUGGAGAAUUGACAGUUAAAGGAGCCUAAGGAUGUCGCUGCUACCGAACCGGAACCGGAAACGGAAUCGGAAACCGAAACGAAGAUGGACAAAAAGAUGGCGAUAAAAGACACUGACAACGCAGCUGCAACUUAGAGUUCCGAACCCUUUUAAAAAUACUUUGUCCCUUCCACAGUAAUAUUUUAUACUUUUUAGUAGCACCUAGGCACCUCUUACACACCAGCACACACACACACACACACACACGAUUCAAGGAUAUAUUUCAAUUUAGUCUAGUAUUUACUUCAAAAUAUGUAUUCACCUAUACACACUAAAAUUCACACUCUAUAUGGUAAUCCCAAUUGAUUGAUUUAACCGAAAGCGAAACGCAAUUUAAUCAAAGCCAGAUAAGCGCAAAAGCUUAGAUUUCAAUUUGCGCUUAGCCUUUGUUUAUUUCCAACUAAGUAUAUACUAUCUAAAGGCAAAAUUAGUUAAUAACUGGUAUCAAGGCAAAAUAUAAAUUGUAAUUGCUGUAUGAACAUAUUUCCGUUUAACACUUAAAUGCACUGUACGAUUUCGUUUAAAUAAAUAAAUCAGCUAGCAAAA